ACUUGGUCCUAAAGCUCUGCAAAACAGGACUCCCUUGCAAUGCUGGAGAGAGAGAGAGAGAGAGAGAGAGAGACCAUGAUAUAGAGAGAUAGAAAGAGCGCGUUAUUGAGAGUCUAGUAAGGAAAGGAGUGGAGCGAGGAUUUGGGUGAGAAAUCAGAGAGAAGCAAAGUAUUGAAGACGGUUGCUUUAGAUUUUCUCAUUUUAGAAAAAUUUUGAAUUUUGAAUAUGGUUUUUUCUUUUUCUUUAUUUUCUGUCUGUUUCUCGGACAAACAAACAACUGGGUUUUGAGCAAAAUCCGAAUCUCGCAGAUACACUUUCUCUCUAUAUAUACAAAGCACAAUCUUUGCUGAAUUAACGAUCUUGACUCCAUCACCUCGAGAUUUUGCUUCUGGGUUUUCUCUCAAACCCCCUCAGAUUUUGAUUUUUGAUUCUUUAGAUUUUGGGUAUCUCAGAAUUGUACUGAUUUGGUGGAUCUGUUUCUGUACAUAACUCCACCAUUUUGGGUUUUUCCCUAUUUAAGAUUGCCCAUUAUGUGUUUGUAAUUAGAUGGCUGAGACCAAAAAUGGCUCAAGAAGAACAUAACCACAGGUGUAGCAAUAGCAGCAGUGCUGGUGGUGGAAACAGAUCUUCAAAAAAGUUGAAGCAAAAAAAAGUCCCACAAAGAGGACUAGGUGUUGCUCAGCUUGAGAAGAUUAUAUUAGAGGAACAACAAAAGAAAGAUGCUCUUUUACUAUCCAAUUCACUUCUAUCACCAAUUAAUUCUUCAUGUUUAGCUGUUCAAUCUCAAUGUACUUCCAAUUUUUGGCAUAACCCUUCGCAAACCGAUCUUUCUUCGCCAAAUUUGAUAUUUAGACCGGCCCCUUCGAUCCCCAACGUUGAUGUUUUGCAUCCGAAUUACGUACCAUUGCCGAAACCAUCAAAUGUUUCGGGUUUGGGGCAGGGUAAUUGGCCUAAGUUGUGGAAUGGUGAGUACAAUCUUGAAGGGGAGAACCAUAGGUUGGAUCACAAUGGAUUCGCAUUUCGGUCUAAUUUGAAUUUACCCUAUGAAUCUAGCCCCAUUUGGCCUCCCCCUAAUAUAAUACAGAGGACACCGCAAUUCCAGCAGCAACCUUCUUCUUCAUCAAUGGUGACUGUCUCAUCAGGUACUUCAUCAUCAUCUGAGAUCAAUUAUCAUCAGAUAGAGCCCCCUUCAAACCAAAGCUUUUAUGGCAACAACUACACACCUUUGUGGCAUGAGGAAGAGAAGAUGGUUGGAAUGAAGAGGCCAUAUCCUUUCCCUCCAGAUAAUCUAUCAGGCCCCGCUUUCCCUUGCAAAUUUCCACCCAUCUUUGUUCCUCCCAUCACUAGAUCAGAUGAAUCAGCUUCAUGUGGCAAUGGAGGCACAGUUAGUAUUGAACCCAACACCCCAAUUUUCAGAGAAGGCCCUUUGAGCUCAACGGUCUUGUGUGAGCUGAAUCCAAAGAAAGUGGUAAAAGAGAAUGGCAAUUUAAACGGAGAUUUUCUCACAUUGGCUUCUCCUGCAACAGCUUUGCCCCAAUCUAGUUCAAAGUAUAAGCACCCUUCAUUGUAUCAAACCUCAUAUACCCGAGAAUUAUCAGAACUUCAAUCUCUACUGCAUCAAGGAAGUGCUGAAGACCCAAUUCAGCAUCCUGGGCCCCAAAAACAGCCUUUAUACAUCUUCUUUCCUCCGGCAAAGGCACAGAUUGACCAAGCAACAACCACCGUUAGCGGCUGCAAUGGUGAAGUUGGUGAAAAACAUGACCUCGAUCUGAAGUUGUAGGAGGCUUAGUCCAUUUCUUCAUGUUUUGACAGGCCAAGUUGUUUUCCUCCAAGAAUUGCCUUAGCCCACUGUUUGUGAUUUUUUGGCAGGCUGCAGCUUUUUCUCUCAAACAUGCUAGGAUGUGGGUUUUUUUUUUUAGUUAUUUUUUAUUUUUAUUUUUAUGGGUAAAAGUACAGAUAUGAAUAUGGAUAUUGCAUUAUGUAAGCAUGAAGCAUGAAGAUGACAGUGAGGAGAGAUGCAAUUGACUUGGUUUUAUUUUGGGAGUCGCAAAUUUGAUGCAAGGAAGUUUGGUUGUGAAGAGAUAAUGUUGUAGAUACUGAUUCGUGCACACUCUUGUGCACAAAAUGAUGUUGUCAUGACAGUAAACUGAUUUAGCUCCCAAGUUAAUCUUAAA